CGGGUAUCGACCUCUCAGGCCGCUGAGGUUUGGAGCAUGUCUGCAGAGUUGGAGCUGCACUUCAGGCCGGACUCCCAGCUGACGGAGGUGAUGCGCCUGCGGGUUCAGUCCCUGCAGCAGCGCAGCCAGAAGAGGCAGGAAGGCGAGCGCCUGCUGCGGCCCAACGAGGCCGUGUACCGGCUAGACUUUUCGCAUCAGUCCCUCCAGUUCUCAAAGUGGACGGUCCGGCUGGCCCAGGCGGGACGCCUCACCAUCACCGCCACCUCCCAGCUGUGGACGCCUGACCUCACUCACCUUAUGACCCGGCAGCUGCUGGAACCCGCCGGGGUUUUCUGGAAGUCGCAGGCCGGAGGCCGUGAUGCGGCUGUUCAGUGCUACGAGGCGGACGCGGACGAGUUUGGCGAGCGGAUUGCUGAGCUGGCGAAGGUAAGGAAGGUGAUGUACUUUCUGUUUGAAUUUGCAGAAGGCUGCAACCCAGAAACUGUUGACUGCUCCAUCACCUUCAAAGUGGACAUCUGAUGUCUGGAAGGCAAAAACCACACAGCAAAUGCUUGCAGCAUCU